GUGUUUUUUUUUUCAUUUCUGCGUGCGUUGAUAAUUGAUUUAGUCAAACCAUUGCGUUUUCUUUUCUUUUUAUUUUCGUCUUGUAACUGUGCACCAGCCGUGUUCUUUUUCUUGUGAAGGGGGAAGAAGAUUACUCCGUGUUGCAUAUUCCCAACACAUUAUUACUGUUUGCGCCGUGCUGGCAAGUAUUACCUAUCUAUAGAAAAAAGAAGAAGAGGCACAGUUGCGUUGAGAGAAGAACGGUGUGCUGCCGGACUGUUUUUUUUCUCUCUCCCUUUUCGUAACGUUCAUUUGCAGGUACAACAGCAACCUGCCGGGAACACACACACACACACACACGCACACACAGCCACACAUACGUUUCACAUACACGCUCAAAAAGAAGGAAACGAUGGACUCCCCUGCGGUGUCGGCUGAGAUUUUUCAGCUCAACUCCGUCUCCGGUGGUCUUCGCCCUGGCUCCAUCUCGUUCAAGAACGUCACCAUCGAGAGCGACAAGUACGCCUGCGUGCGGGAUGUCCAGGAGGGCGGUCAGACCUCCCUCGUCAUCGUCGACCUCGACAAGCGCGAGAGCAUCCGCAACAACGUGCGCGAUGCCGAGUCGUGCGUGGUGAACCCCAAGUCGAAGGUCCUGGCGCUGCGCAGCGGCCGCAACUUGCAGGUAUUCGACGUGGACGCCUCGAAGCGGCUGAAGGCGACGCUGUUCACCGAUGACGUGGCCUACUGGCAGUGGAUUGAUGACCGCACCCUCGGCAUCGUCACGGCAACCGCCGUCUAUCACUGGAGCCUCGACACGGCCGCCGAUGAUGCGCCGGAGCACAUCUUUGACCGCGGCGCGGACUACGACGGCUCUGUGCAGGUGCUGUCGUACCGUACCGACGAGGCGAAGAAGUGGCUCGUUGUGACGGGUGUGGCGCGCGACAUGUCGGGGGCGAUGGUGGGCAAGGCGCUGCUCUACAGCGUGGAGAACCGCAGCGGCCGCGUGCUGGACGGCCACGCGUGCUGCUUCAUCUCCACCGCGACCCCUACCGAGCCGCGCAAGUGCAACAUCAUGUGCAUGGCGUGGAGCAGCCCACAGCAGGGUGGCCAGGUCAUGAUCAUGGAGCUGCCCACCGGGUCCAAGACGGAUCUCUCGCUGCCGCGCCGCCUGUACAACAUCCGCAUUCAGCCCGGCGACUUUCCCUUGGCGAUGCACGUGUCGGACCGCCACAAGCUGCUGACCGUCGUGACCAGCCGUGGCAGCUACGCCCUCAUGGACAUCUUCACGGGCACGAUCUUGACGGAGCAGCAGUUCACGCAGGCCGUGGUGUUCCGCGGCGCGGACGACAGCAAAGUGGGCGGCGUGGUCUGCGUCAACAACCAGGGCGCCGUCAUCCGCAUUGGCCCCAACGACAACGGCAUCAUCAACUUUGUGAAGAACCGCAUGCAGAACGCGGAGCUCGCGCUGCGCAUCGCCUCCACGGCGAACCUCGGCGGCGUCGACGACCUCUUUAAGGUGCAGAUGGAAAACUACAUGCGCAGCGGCAACGUGGAGGGGGCUGUGCGCAUGUGCCUGCGUGCCCCUGGCAACGCCCUGCGCUCCCGCGAGACGCUCCUGCGCUUCAUGCAGAUGCCGCAGCAGCCCGGUCAGCCGCCGGCCAUCUCGACCUACUUCAAGAUCGUGCUCGCGGAGACGAGCCUGAACGAGUUCGAGUCGGUGGAGUUGGCGCGGGCGGUGGUGCCGAAGGGCGGCAUCGGCUACGUGAAGCAGCAAUUCGAUGAGGGCAAGUUGACCCCCUCCGAGGAGCUCGGCGACCUCGUCCAACAGGCGGACCCCGACAUGGCCCUGAAGAUCUUCCACCAGGGCAACGCACAUGCCAAGGUGCUGAACGUGUUGCUGCAGCGGAACGAGACGCAGAAGGCCGUGGAGUACUGCAAGCGCGCAAACUUCUCUCCGGACUGGCGCGUCAUCAUGAACAACUUCAUCCGCGUGGCCCCGCAGGAUGCCGUGAACCUGGGCCUGAUGCUCUACCGCGAGAUGGGCGACACACCCGUGCUGAGCGCGGAGGAGAUUGUGGACAUGUUCGUGUCAAGCCAGCGCAUCCAACAGGCGACCGAGUUCUUGCUGGAGGUUCUGCGCGACCACAACGACGAGUCGACGGUGGAGCUGCAGACGAAGUUGCUCGAGAUGAACCUCAAGUACUCGCACCCGUCCGUCGCGGAGAAGAUUUUCGCCCGCAACAUCUGCCAGUUCUACGACGGCAUGAAGCUGGCCCCGCUGUGCGAGCGCGCCGGGCUCUACCAGCACGCCAUCGAGUGCUACAUCACCGCACAGAAGCAGGACGCCGAUCUCGACAACCUCGCUAGCAUUCGCCGCUGCCUGCAGCAGACGCAGAGCUUCAACCCCGAGUGGCUUGUCGACUUCUUUGGUAAACUGAACAAGCAGGACAGCCUCAAGUGCCUCGAGGACCUGUGCGCCAACUCGCGCCAGAACUUCAAGGUGAUUGUGCAGGUGGCCACCAAGUACAGCGACGCCCUCGGCGCGGCGGACCUGAUCGCCCUCUUUCUCGAACACAACAUGUACGACGUGCUCUACUACUACCUCGGCGCCAUCGUGCCCUACACCCGUGACGCUGAGGUGCACUUCCGCUACAUCGAGGCAGCCGCGGAGAUGGGCCAGAUGCAAGAGCUCGAGCGCAUGACCCGCGAGAGCCCGUGCUACGACGCCGAACGCACCAAGAACUACCUCAAGAACAAGAAGCUGACGGACAUGUGGCCCUUCAUCAACGUGUGCGAUCAGCACAACCUAGUGAACGAGAUGGUGCACUACCUCGUGGAGACAAGCAACGAGAGCUACAUCGAGCAGUACGUCACCCGCCGCAGCCCCGGCAAGACGCCGGAGGUGGUGAAGGCGCUGAUCGAGUGCAAUGUGAGCGAGGACUUCAUUCGCAACCUGCUCUCUGCCGUCGGCACCAUGUGCCCCAUCGAGGAGCUUGUCGCCUGCACCGAGGAGGCGGGCCGGCUGCACCUCAUCAAGCAGUGGCUCGAGGACCGCCGCAGCGAGAAGAAGACCGAUUCGGCGCUGUACAACGCCCUGGCGAAGAUCUACGUUGACAUUGGCCAGAGCCCCGAGCAGUUCCUCAACGAGAACGAGUACUACGACGCGAAGGUGGUGGGCAAGUACUGCGAGACACGUGACCCGAACCUGGCCUACAUCGCCUACCGCCACGGUCACUGCAGCGAGGAGCUGAUCGAGCUGUGCCACCGCAACGGUAUGUACAAGCAGCUCGCCCGCUACCUCGUGAAGGAGCAGAACCUAGACCUCUGGGCCAGCGUCUUGACGGAGAACUCGUCGCAGCGCCAGCAGCUCGUGGAGUCGGUGCAGCAGACCGCCCUGCCGGAGACGGAGGUAAGCGAGGAGGUGAGCACGACGGUGCGCGCCUUCAUGAACGCGAACCUGACAGAGGAACUGACCUCGCUGCUGGACCAGAUCGUCGUGCACGGCCGGUUCCGCAAAAACCGCUUCCUCGAGAACCUCCUCAUCAUGUCCGCCGUGCGGUCUCGCAAAGACAAAGUGAUGGAGUACGUUACCACGCUCGAGGACUACGACGCUAAGGAUAUUGCGAACAUCGCGUCCGGUGCCGGCAUGCACGAGGUGGCCUUUGUCGUGUACACGCGCCACGAUAUGCAGAAGGAGGCCGUGACGGUGUUGUUGCAAGACAUGAACGACAUCUCGCGCGGCCGCGCGUUUGCGCAGAAGACGGACACGCCGCCGGUGUGGAGCGUGCUGGGCGAGUACCUGGUGAAGCAGAACGAGGUGCACGAGGGUAUCGACUGCCUCAUCAAGGCAAAGAACGCCGAUCUCGUGGCCGAGGUUACUGCGGCGGCGGAGCGCACGAACAGCUAUGGCGACCUCAUCAAAUACCUCACGAUGGCCCGCCAGUACUCGCGCGCCAAGGACAACAAGAUCGACACGGCGCUCGUCAUCACGUACGCCAAGACGGGACGCCUCGGCGAGCUGGAGGAGUUCCUGAAGGAGACGCACAACGUGAAGAUCGCCGUGAUCGCCGACCGCUGCUUCGACGACAAGCUCUAUGAGUCCGCCCGCGUACUCUACACCGUUGCGAACAACUACGUCCGGCUUGCCUCGACGGAGGUGAAGCUCCACAACCUGACCGCUGCAGUGGAGGCGGCGAACAAGGCCAAGUCCAUCUCUACGUACAAGGAGGUCAAUCUGGCCUGCAUUGAGGCGGGCGAGCUGAAGCUGGCCGGCAUCUGCGCUGUGCCGGUGGUACUGAAGGCGGAGGAGGUGAGCUCGAUGUGCAACCGCUACGAGACCCGCGGCCUCUGGGAGGAGCUCUUCGCCGUCCUCAAGAACGCCGCCGGCCAGCAGGGCGCGCACAUGGCCAUCUUCACCGAGAUGGGCGUCCUGCUCGCCAAGUACCGCCCGGAGAAGCUGGUGGAGCACGUGAACAUGUACCCAAAGAGGAUCAACACGCACAAGAUGAUCUCGGUCUGCGAGCAGUACCAUCACUGGGUGGUGCUCCGCCUGCUGCACAUCAACAACGAAGACUGGCUUGCAGCCGCGAACACGAUGAUGCAGCACCACGCCGACGCCUUCGACCACGAGAUCUUCAAGGACGUCAUUGGCCACCUCGGUGCCAGUGAUGUGGUGUACACGGCGAUUGGCUUCUACAUCAAGACCCACCCGGAGCAGCUCAACGACUUCCUCUCCUCCGUCUUCAAGCGCGUCGACCCGGAACGGGUGAUGCUCGAGGUGAAGAAGAUGGCACCCAUCUACGUGGUGCGCACCUACCUUGAGGCAGCCCAGGAGCGCAACGCGAAGAAGGUGAACGAGGCGCUGAACGACCUGUACAUCGAGGAGGAAGACUUCAAGGCGCUGCGCCACUCCGUAGAGACGUUUAACAACUACGACUCGGAGGAGCUGUCUGCGCGGCUGGAGAAGAUGGAGCUCUUCGAGUUCCGCAAGAUUGCCUUGCUGCUGCACCGCCGGAACAAGCGCUACGCCCACGCCAUUACGGUGGCGAAGGAGAACAGGCUCUUCGAGGAGGCCAUCGAGACGGCGGCCGAGAGCGGUGAUGGCGAGCUUGUCACCGCACUGCUGGAUUACUUCGUGAAGGACUCGCCGGAGUGCUUCGCAGCCUGCCUUUACACGUGCUACGACUUGUUGAAGCCGGCCACGGUGAUGCAGAAGGCGUGGUUGAAUCAGCGGAUGGAGGCGGCGAUGCCGUACAUGAUUCAGGUCAUCCAGGAGUACUCGGGCAAGGUGGACCGCAUGGAGAAGUCGAUGAUGGACGCGCAGACGGCCGCGAAGGAUGCGGCGCGCCGGGCUGGUCCCGUGCAGGGCCCCGGCGGGGUGCCGCUGAUGAUUGAGAAUACGGCUGUCUCGCCCAUGACCGGGAUGCCGCCGCCGAUGCAGAUGGGCAUGCCGCCGCCGCAGACGAACUUUGGCAUGCCGCCUCAGUUCGGCUCUGGCCGCCCUUUUUAA